CGAAGAAGCAGAAAGGCCACGUCUUGAAACACCAUGGAAGGACUCCCAGUCUCAAGUGCUCCAGGCAUUCAACCUAUGCCAAUGUUUUUUUAUGGCACGUUGAUGAAUGAACACAUUCUCGAACGGGUGAUAGGUCGACCAAUAAAUAAACUGAACAUUCAGCCUGCCCAGUUAUCCGGGUACUGUCGAUUCAACAUUCGUGAUGCUCAUUACCCAGGCUUGAUACCCGCGUCAGCUGCCGAAGUUGCCCUCAAGCGCCCACCUACUCUCGAAGAACAAACAGUUACUGGGAUGAUCGUUUCUGGUCUGAGUGCUUCUGAUGUGACUUUGUUGGAUGCGUUUGAGGGCGAAGAAUACGAGUCGCACACAGCGCACGUCAAGUUGAUGAAUUCCAACAGCCCUCCUGUAGAAGCCAUUGUGUAUCUUUACUCACCCGCGAUAGUAUCACACAAAGUCUUGCCAAGUGUAUGGUCCUACGACGAGUUCCUGAAAAAUCAUUUGGCACAGUGGGUCGUCGAUCCCAAUAUGUACAGAUACGGCUAA